AUGGCGCACAUAUCUGCGCCCCAGAGCCUGCUUGGGCUUGCAAAAAAUCUCGGAAGACUCAAUAUUGCUGAUCCAUUAACGCAAUGCCUAGCACCUCGACUCACACGACAUUUUGCCGCUCAGACCCAGAUCCCAGUGACUGAACUUGGAAAAGGGAUUGAAUCAGGUCUGGGCGCAACCCACGCCAAAGAUCAUGCAGCUCAGCCCUCCUCCUCAUAUGCAACUUACACCCUCGAUUCUCCUAUUCUGAAAACACUAUAUUCUUGGCCAGACCUUGAGCCAAAAAGAUACGCCUGGUAUGAGCAACAAUUUCUUGAUGCCCCUAUGCGACGGGACAUCCUACACCGCGCGGUGAUUUUCGAAGCCGAUGCUACGAGACAAGGCACGGCCAGCACAAAGUGGCGGGCUGACGUCCAUGGAAGCAACCGCAAAUUGUACGCACAAAAAGGCUUGGGCAGAGCCCGUGUUCGAGACAAGAAAUCGCCCAUUCGAAGAGGAGGAGGCGUGGCUUUUGGACCCAAGCCCAGAGAUUUCUCCACGGAAUUACAGCGCAAGGUUUACUACCAAGCCUUCAAAAUCGCCCUAAGCUACCGGCAUAGAAAGGGCGAGUUGACGGUGUUGGACAAUGGUAUUGCGCUGCCAUCAAACACAGGGGCCAGGUUUCUGAACAACGUUUUCGAGGCCAACAAUUGGGGAAAGGCUCACGGCAGAAGUCUCCUCGUGACCAGUACACCGGAGUCACAAUAUCCAGAACUAUUUGAUGAGAUGGAGCAGGUGGGCGAGCACGGGUCUCUCAAGGACAUCGACGACGUCGAUGUUAAGGAUCUCCUGGAGACCGGCAGGAUCGUGAUUGAGAGGACCGCGCUGGAAGCCUUGUUGGGAAAGCAUCUUACAUUCUUGUCCGGUCCUGAGCGCGAGGCCGAGAGGCGUCGCAUUGCACAAUAUUUAUAG